AUACUUGUGGAGGAUCAGGGAAUAUCAUUACUGAUAUGAAAUUAAAACUUUCCUGAGUUGUCUCUGGAAAGCUCUGUGGAGAAGGAGGGGGGCCUGGGGGUGUGACACAACAGACGUUUUUAAAAUGGAGUUCAGUAGAUGUUUGGGUGCACCAGCAGAAGAGGAGGAAGGAAGACAAGAGGGUGGGGAAGAAGAUAUUAAUAAUGCUGGCAGUUGUGCUGUCCAUGAAGAGCUGGAUUUGGGACAAAUGUACCUUACCUGUUUGCCUGAGCAAUAUAUGAGAGUGAAGCUCACUCAGACAGUGUACCUGAUAUGCUGGCUGCUGCUGGAACUCUGCAAGAAAGCCUAUGAGAAAAGACUGGCUGCUUCUAAAAAGGAGUGCCAAGGAAGUGCUGUCAGAGGGACUGCUGGAGAAACAGAGGAGAGAACUUCUGAGAAGGCACAGUGCCACACUGAGACCCCACAGCCAGUUGAAAACUACAUCAGUGAAGGAGAGUUUGAAGACGAUCUCAGCUCUUCUGCCCCGAGCACAACGGAGCUGGAGGUCCGUGGAUCCAGCCAAGAAACUGAUGAAGAUUAUUUUGAAACCGUGUCACAUCAGAGUGGCUCUUUGUCAGAUGUAAAAACUGAGCCUUAUGAGAGUGCAUCAGACACAGAAUCCCUUUCCAGUGACAUAACUGGGAAUGCUUGCUCGGAUUCAAACUGCCUGCUUACUGAAAAAACACCCCUGUGCUGUAAUCUUCCCAAAGGAAAGGCAGAAACCUCCCAGGAACAGAACAGCCCCAGGCAACCAGAGUUCACCCAGCAUGGACAGCUAGAAUUGUCCUCCAAAAUAAAAGAAGCACCAAGCAAAACUGAAUUUUGCAUCCAGUGUGCAGAGUUAGAAGGUGAAGAAUUGGGUGAUGAAGAGCUAACAUUAUCCAGUGAUGUUUCCACCACAGACAGCCAAGUCUAUGAAGAGAACAUUUUAUCACAGGCAAAGAGAGGGUCUGUAACAGCACUGCAGAGUAAGGCAGAGAUAGAAAGCAGGGAAGUGCAGUCUACCAACCUAGUACUUACAAAAAAUGACAUUGCAAGACUGAAGAAACACCCUGCAGUAUUCAGCAUUGCUUGUUUCAAAGCUAACUCAGAAAGUUGUUUGAUUUUUCCUGAGGGGCAGCAGUUUUCCUUCCAGUCAGAUGCAGCACCAAGCUGCAGUUUGCCUAAUCUUCAUUUUGAAACAAAUGGGCCUAACAUUAAAAAAUACACUGAGACACCUGACUGUAAGUGUGAAUUAGAGUCUAUGUCCAGUAUAAAAUGCAGCAGGAGGAAUUCAGCUGACAAUGAGGACACCACAGGUAAAAGGAUAAAAUAUGGAAGUACAGAAACCAUGCUGACAUCAGAUUCACUCUCCUACCAGAGUUGCUUCAACCCAAAAUCCUGGCUACCACAAAAAAGGUCAGAGAUUAUAGAAAGUAAAACAUGGCACAGUGUACCUGAAAAUAUCAGUGCUCAAAGGGAGAAUGAAUGUGUGGUGAGAUGUAUUCACCCAACAGACAAAUUUAGAUGGUCAUGUUCCAGAAUACAUCUUCAAGAGCUGGAUUUUGAAUACACAUGGAAAAACUUAGGAAGAGUAACUGUAAGCCCUGAAAAGCCUAUAGAAAUAGAGGGCCAAUCUGGCACGAAGAGAUCUUUUCUUGAUACUGACACAGACUCAAAGGUGUGUCAGGUUUCUCAAUCUUCCCAACCUUCCCAGUGCAUCGAUUCUUGUUUGCACUCUAAAUCAGAGAUGUGUGGCCUUAGCCUAGAGCCAGCUGGUACUUGUGCUGACAGCUUAACAUGGAGUGAUGUUUGUGAGGAUCCAAACCAUGAGGAAAGAUCCUCUUCCCUGGAUUGUGAUCCAGGGAUCAUAGAUGCUGAGGAACUGACACAAAACAAUGAGUGCACAGCUGAACAAGAUCUGGAAGAGAGCAGAUUCCCAUGUGAUAUUGAUAUUGAACUGACACAAAACAACAAGUGCACAGCUGAAAGAGAUCUGGAAGUGAGCAGAUUCCCAUGUGAUAUUGAACUUACACAAAACAAUGAGAGCACAGCUGAACAAGAUCUGGAAGAGAGCAGAUUCCCAUGUGAUAUUGAUAUUGAACUGACACAAAACAAUGAGAGCACAGCUGAACAAGAUCUGGAAGAGAGCAGAUUCCCAAGUGAUAUUGAUGUUGAAUCAGACACUGGUGACACUCAGAGCCCUGCAGCUUCUCCUGCAGGUGCCCCUGCAGGUGUGGAAAGCACAGACUGGGAUUGCUCUGUAAACUGUGUUUCCAGUAGUGGAACACAGCACACACAUUUGAAGGAGGAUGGCCUUGAAUCUGAGCUGUCAGAUACUGAGAUUGUGGCAGGAGAAAGAUGGGCAGAUGAUUCUGAUUCUUCUGAUCUUGGCUUUGAUUGGAAAGUCCUGGAAGCUGCAACACAACCAGAUGGCAGUGACAGAGGGGCAGGUCAUGGACAGUCAGUGCAGCAAAAUGCAAGUUGCAAAACUGGUGCCUUGAGGAGCCACUCGGAGCUAGGAACACAUGAACAUCCUACUCAUGAGGCAAAGAAUGAAGAGAGUGUCUUGGCUGUUGAAAGGACUCUCAAAUCAGACUAUAUAAGGCAGGAAAGGGAUGUAAUGACUACUCCAGAAUUAAAGCCUGCCCUAAUUACAGUCUCUGUGGAAGAGAAAGGGUUACAGUCCCAAACACUGAAUGAUAAGCUUCCUGCUGAAGUGGGAGCUGAAACAUUGGGAAAUGUAGUGAGCAAGGAUUUGAUGUCUCCUCACACUGUCAGGAAAGCUCAUGGUGAGCCAGAGAGAGAUCUGAGUGAAUGCUGUAACUGUGAAGAACUAAUUCUAGCCACCCACCCCAUUCCUGGCAGCACAGAGGUACUUUCUGGUAGGGAUACAACUGAAGUAAAACCAGAAAUUUCAGAAGAGAAAAGAGAGAAAACAGAAGUAGUUUCAUCCUUAGGGCUCACCUGUAGUAACUCUGCAGUAGCAAGUGCAGAAUUGGAAUUCAGGAAUGUUGCUGUAGCACUAGGCAGUGAUACACUUCCUGCAGAAAUUCAGACAGAUCCAUGUGAAAAAAUACUUGUGAAAUCCCGCAGUGGAAGCAGUGUGGAGCUCUCUGAGGAUGAGCACUGCAGAGGAAGGCCACUGGUGACUGGAGCAGUGCCACUGGAAACCAGCAGCAGUGUAAGCAGUGUGUGCCAGGAAGGUGGUGCUGGUGUCAGCCUUGAAGGGCCCAGCACUGUAAAAUCACAGGGUAGAGGUGAUGUGAUGGCCUUUGAGGAAGAGCCCUGCAGAACAAAGAGGGGUUUUGAAUUCAGGAGGGAACAGUUAGCAAGUAGCUUUGGAAACCUUGGAAGAAGCGAAGACCAGGUGUCCAAGGAAGAGGAAUUCAAAGCACAUGGAAGCACAGAGGAAGGUUUGAAUAUUACCAGGGCAGAGACACUGGAAAUGAGCAGCAGUGCAAGCAGUUUGUGGCAGGGACAUGGUGCUGGUGUCAGUCUUCAUUGGCCCAGCAUGGUCUCUGAACGAGCAGUAGGCAGGCAAGGAGAGGAAAGCUGUAAGGGCUCAAAGGAAGGAACUGGUAUUUGUGAAGGACCCUCUCCUAGGGAAGGAAAGGAGGCCUCUCCUGCACAAGACACCUCUAGCCCCAGCAAAGACAGUGCACUCAGUCUGGAUGUGUCUGAUGUCUUUGAUGAGUCUCUGAACAGGGAGACCCAUAGCACUUUCAUUCUGGGCCUGGACAACGUGAGUACCUGCAGCACUAACAGCGAGGAACUGGAUGAGAUCUCAUCCCACAUCCUGGGGAGUAACAGCAGUCUCCAUAAAGCUGUACAAAAGCCAACAAAGAAUGAAUAUAGUGGGAAAUCUUCCAGGUUUUUAGUAUUCCCAAAAAUGACAUCUUUCAGGAAAACUAAGCCUGCCUCAUGGGAAGGUCAGGGAAGCAGCAGUAUCUUUGGCAGCAAGGUAAAGAUGGAAGAACUGGAUGUUGGGAAAGAUGAUGACGACACUGCAAGUUUACUGUCUUUCAAAAGUUGUUCAUCUGGUUUAGUCUUCCACAGGAAGGAAAGCUACACCUCUGAGUACUCCGAUGAUGAUGAUUUAUUUUAUGAGAGACCUGCAGGAUUUUUCAGACUGAGCCUGAGGAAGGCCUCUGGCUCUGGUCGGAUACUGAUGGAAGAUGCAGAUCGACAUGUUUCAGGUUCAUUUGAAAACAAUGACAGUGAACCUGUGGAGCAUUCAGGGAUUAGAAAAUCAUUCCCUGAAAACGAACACAAAAGAAACAAAACCCCUGAGGGUAAGAAGUUCAAGACAAGGUUGGCCUUGGCACACAAAUCCCUCUCAAGCUUAUUUGAGUCCAAAUGUCCAGAAAAGGAGAACACUGAACAAAGCUCAAAAGCGUCAGUGAAAAAUGAAAAGGAGAAAGUCAAAAUUCGCCAGAGCACCUGGAAAGCUUUUCUAAAGAGCAAGGAGGCAGAUGGACUAAAAAGGCCUGUCCUAAUAAGUUUAUCAUCCACACAGGAGGGUCUCAGUGCAACCAGUGGCCACGUGUUAACACCACUAGAGCAACAGUAUAGUUCCAAUAGACACACUUUUUUAAAAACAGAAAGAGAUAAUGGCUCCUCAACAGACUCCAACUAUUUUGACAGCUCUGUGGAGCCUCUUGAUGUCUCUUUACCUGCACGUAUGUGGAGAAGACGAAUACAGUCCCAUGACUUGGGUAUCAGAUACUCACAGAGUUCAGAUUGUGAUGAACAGCAGGAGGUUCUGAGCAACAGUUUAAAUACUUCUCUUGAGGAAUACUGGAUUAAAACUCCAUUUAGCCCCCCUGACUUCCAGCUGGAAUUUAGUCAGUCAAGUCCAUCAUGUCCCCAGCUCUCCAGUUCUGAUGGUAAAGACAUGCCCCGUAGGCCCAUGAGUCCCAAACCUCAGAGCUCACGAUCCACUUCUCAGCACAGGACCUUUGGCUACCCCGGGCGCGUUUGCGCCGCUUCUACGCUCUCUCUUGGGAACAGCUCUGGAGUGGAAAGCAGUCUGGAGGCUCCUGAGAGGCCAAAGACACUGAAACCCAGGGGAAGUCUCUUACACUCGUUGGACGACUUCCAGAGGGAUGACAGUGGCAUAAGCAGUCAAUCCCAGAUCAGCUUAAACACAGCUUCUUCCAUUAGUGACAUGCUCCGAGAUGAGUUUGUAAACCAGGAGUGUAAGCAGCCAUGCCAAUCAGCAGCUGGGAAGAGGCCCAAUAAGAAAUGGGUUCCCCAUCGCAAAAGGAGGCCCCCCCGGGUGCCAGCCUGCCCCGUGGCCACCCUGGAGAGCAGAGCCCGCACGCUCUCCUGCCCUGCUCCCGAGGAAAAAGCCAAGGAGAUGCCAGACAGGAGGAGGAAGAGACCCAAACCCCUCUAUAAGUGCUUCAGCUUCGAUGAUGUUUGGAUGGAGAGGAGUCAAAAAAGGAAGCUAGAGAAGGAGACACAGCCAGAGGGAGGGGUUCAGUUGCAACAUCUCUCACAGGACCCCUCAAAAGCUGGAAUAAGUCCAUCCAUCACAUCUCCUGUUGCCUUUGACAUCCUGCCCCUGAAGCUGCAUUCCUUUUCCAAGAGCACCCCGACAGGCCUGGACUGCGUGGGCUGCAAGCGGCGCACCUCCGCUCCCGUGAUCACUGACGGAGGCCUGGACAAGACAGCCCUGACGGACGAUGUGGGCAGUGAGGAGGAUCUGUACGAGGAUUUCCGCAGCUCCACCCACCGCUACGGCCACCCCGGGGGCGGCGGCGAGCAGCUGGCCAUCAACGAGCUGAUCAGCGAUGGCAGCGUGGUGUACGCCGAGGCGCUCUGGGACCACGUCACCAUGGAUGACCAGGAGCUGGGAUUCAAGGCUGGAGAUGUCAUCGAAGUGAUGGAUGCCACCAACAAGGAGUGGUGGUGGGGCAGGAUUCUGGACAGUGAAGGCUGGUUCCCAGCCAGCUUUGUUCGGCUGCGGGUGAACCAGGAUGAGCCCAUGGAGGAUUAUCCCCUGAAGGUGGAGGGCGGCAGAGAGGAAGAUUCCCGGCGCUUUGGCAUGGGCCAGACCACCAAAGACCAGAUGAGGACCAACGUCAUCAAUGAGAUCAUAAGCACAGAGAGAGACUACAUCAAGCACCUGAAGGACAUUUGUGAGGGUUACAUUAAGCAGUGCCGCAAGAGAGCCGACAUGUUUACAGAGGAACAGCUGAAGACAAUCUUUGGGAAUAUUGAGGACAUCUACAGGUGCCAGAAGAAAUUUGUUAAAGCACUAGAGAAGAAAUUUAACAAAGACCACCCACAUUUGAGUGAGGUUGGCUCAUGCUUCUUGGAAUAUCAAACAGAGUUUCAGAUCUACUCCGAGUACUGCAACAACCACCCCAACGCGUGCCUGGAGCUGUCGCGCCUGGCCAAGGUCAACAAGUACGUUUACUUCUUCGAGGCGUGCCGCCUGCUGCAGAAGAUGAUCGACAUCUCCCUGGACGGCUUCCUGCUCACCCCCGUGCAGAAAAUCUGCAAAUACCCCCUGCAGCUGGCCGAGCUGCUCAAGUACACCAACCCCCAGCACAGGGAUUUCAAGGACGUGGAGGCUGCUCUGAACGCCAUGAAGAACGUGGCUCGGCUCAUCAACGAGCGCAAGCGGCGCCUGGAGAACAUCGACAAGAUCGCCCAGUGGCAGAGCUCCAUCGAGGACUGGGAGGGAGAAGAUGUCCUAGUCAGAAGCUCAGAACUCAUCUAUUCUGGGGAAUUAGCCAAAAUCUCCCACCCUCAAGCCAAGAGCCAACAGAGGAUGUUCUUCCUCUUCGAUCACCAGCUUGUCUGCUGCAAGAAGGACCUCCUGCGCAGGGACAUCCUGUACUACAAGAGUCGCAUCAGCAUGGAUGACAUGGAAAUACUGGAUGUGGAAGAUGGCAAAGACAAGGACUUCAAUAUCAGUGUGAAAAAUGCAUUCAAGCUGCACUGCAGAGACACUGAGGAAGUCCAUUUGUUCUGUGCAAAAAAGCCUGAGCAGAAACAGCGCUGGCUGAAGGCGUUUGAGAAUGAAAGGAGGCAGGUGCAGCUCGACCAGGAGACGGGGUUUUCCAUCACGGAGGUGCAGAAAAAGCAGGCAAUGCUGAAUGCCAGCAAGCAGCAUCAUGCUGGGAAACCCAAGGCCGUCACCAGGCCCUACUAUGAGUUCCUGCUGCGGCAGAAGCACCCCACGCUGCCCAGCACGCUCCCCCAGCAGCAGGUCUUCAUGCUGGCAGAGCCCAAGCGCAAGCCCUCGAACUUCUGGCAGAACAUCAGCAGGCUGACGCCCUUCCGGAAAUAGGGCAGCCCCUGUUUGUGCCUGAAGCCCUUCUGAGAAAGCACUUUAUCCCUCCCUGCUGGCAGGUGGAGCCCAGGUUCAGCCAGCCCUGUGCCCACAGAGGAUGGCACAGGUGCUCCUGCCUUCCCUAUUUAUUGUGCAGCCCGGCUGACCCGCUGGCUCCCAGGUGAGGCUGCGUGCAGCGGUGCCAGCCCUGCCCUGCCCUGCCCAGCAGGCAAAGCUCCAGGAGCACACAGCAGGGAGCUGGACAGGCUGCAGCCUGAGAGAUUUACCUUGUCAGCUGUACCGGACUCACUCCUUCCCGCUGUGCCCACACUGCUGGCUGGCAGCUGCCACACGCUGCCGCGCUCACAACAGCAGCUCCGAGUCCGUGGUGAGGAGGGAUGAACCUUCUGCUGUGCCCACCCCAUGCCCUGCAUUUCUCAGAGCUGUGAUCCUCCUCCACGUGUCCAGCUAACUCAGCAGCCUCUGCAGGCCCUCAGAGCACAGUGAGCGCUGCACUGUGACCUCCUCCCUCCCUCCUUUAGCCCAGCAGCACCGGUGAGCGGUGCCCCACGUUAAACUGUGCCAACCUGCAGCAUGAGUCAAGUCGAAGAAUCUCUCUAGUGGGUUUGAGUUACAUAAGUUAGAGAAAAAUGUGCCUAAUUAAUACCAUACUCAAUUCUUUAGAUUCUUGUCUCUCCAUCAUUCUGCCAUAUUUCCUGGCCAAUGAAAAUGCUCAUUGUUUGUAAUGUGUUUAUUUAUGGUAAAAAUCAGAACUGUGUAUUUUGUAAGUCUGUAAUUGUUCUUGUCAGAUGUUGUUAACUUGAUGCCUGUUUUGUCUGUUUAAUUUUUCUUUUCCUUUUUUUUUUAAAGAAAGGUCAAUAUUUGCAAACCUAGCUCCCAGAAGUCAGAGUCUGCUGUUCAACUCUGCAACGUCAUUGUUAUGCAAACUCCCACAGACCCUCAAAUUCAAGGAGUGUUACUGACACUUUUAAAAAUGGAAAACCACUUGAUAAAGGCCUAAAUUUGGCAUAAAGAGCCUCACUUUAAGUACCCAAGUUUCAAAUGGUGGCCAAAAAGAAUGAAUUCAAACCUUGGUUAGCAAAAAAGAAAGAUUUGCCUUACCAUAGUGAGAGUUAGAAGCCAUACUGACUGAAUUCCCUAGAUUAGGAGACACCCUGUGACAGUGGAAGGAAGACACUGGCUCAUUCCAGCUCAAGUGUGAGUGAGCACUAACUGUCUGCAGAGCUCAGAAAUCCAGUGUUUGUUGAUGCUGUAGCUGACCAAAGUCUGGUCAUCCAGGGAUAUCUGAAUUCAGUAGCAUGUACAAAGUCCUUCUUGCACUAUAUCUUCCCCCCAGACCAGGGGCAACAUUUAAUUUCAUAAAGAAACUUGUAAAAGUGA